AUGACCACCAACUCUGCCACAACAACGACAACGUCGCUCAUCAACGCCGACAUAACCCUCCUCAUUGCAGAGCAAACCGACCUCCCAACCUUGCUCGUGCUAGCCAGCACAAACAAGCACCUCAACAGCCUGAUCAACACAUACGAACACUCGAUCAUCAAGUCCAAAAUCACCACCGCUAUCCCAAACCCACUCCUCCAACCUCCCCUCGGGUCAGUCCUAUCCUCCCACAGCUCCUCCACCCGCCAAAUCCUGCCACCUUGGUCCUUCCAAGUAGCAACCGAACUCGAACGCCGCCACGCCCGCACCGAAGCCAUGUUCAACAUUUCCACCGUCCCCCCUACCCCCUUGAUAUCAGCUAUGUUCCGCGUCCCUUCUUUUGCGGCGCUGCCACGGCAGCAGUUUACCCAACUGGUCAACCUGUUCAAACGGGCUUGCUGCCUGGCGGAUCAUAUCUGUGAUUUGGCGCUGCUGGUCAAGAUACCGGCCAUGGCGAGGGAGCUGUCGGCUGUGGAUCCGUACGUGGUGCAAAAGGCGAUCCACCGAACGAGGCAGGGGUUUAUUAAAGGGUUGGAACCGUUGGAUCUGGCGCUGUUGACGCAUUUGGCGGCGUUGGGGGGGAUGGCGUAUGCGGAGGAGAUGGGGGAAUUGAUGAGUUCUGAUCCGGAGGGGUUGGAGAGGAUGGUGGCGUUCAAGGAGACUAUUUUACGGGAGGGGAGCGCGGCGCUUUGGGGUUUUUUACAUCCAAAGGAGGGGGAAGUGAUUGAGGGGAAUGGACCACCUUCUUUGCCGCCUAGGGCGAGGGGGAGCGGGCUUGGGAGGUAUAUUGCGGGCAAGGUGGAAGGGGUGUUGAGGGAUUUGCAUGCUUAUGAGAUGGGGCUUAAGGAGCGGGAUCAUGAGGAGGCGGAGGGAGAGGGGGAGGGGGAGUGGGCGGAUAAGGAGGGGGUGAGGGAAGGGGGGUGGGAUGAUGAUGAUGAUGAUGAUCCGUUUGUUGUUUUGCAUGGGCUUCAUCAGACUGUCAUGGGUGCCUUUCCUAAGCCGGUUGAGGAACCAAAGGACGAUGAGGGGGAUGCUGUGAUAGAAGAUGAGAGUGAGCAGUGGGAGGGAGAAGGGGUUGAAUAUGAGGAGGUGGAUAUUGAGGGCGAGGAUGUGAGUUCUGAAGAGGAGGGAGAAAUAGAAGAGGAAGAGGAAGUUUUCCCUGUUGAACCUAGAGAACAGUUGAUCCUGGAGGUGGUUAGAAGUGCGGUUCCAUGCUCAGUUUAGAGAGGGACAGAUGUAUAUACACAGGCGUUCAGACAUUGGCUUAGCGUAGGGGUCCUUUCUUUUCUUGUGUUUGGGUUAAGCAUGGAGCUGCAGGCGGGGUGCAAUUCGGGGAUAUACAGGGCAGCGAUGGAGGUAUGAACGGGCUUUUGAAGUAUUGCAGGGUGGGCCCUGUGUGUUUAUUCAGGAAGCCUAUCUGGUCAGGUAUGAUGAUGCCGCCCACAUACAGUUGGGUGGCAAGAUGGUCAGGAGGGAACGGGGUCCAUGACGGGACGGGCAGUGGAUGGGACUCUCAGUACAGCGUUCGUUUAACCUUGAGGUUUUUCUGCUUGGCAGAAAGUUUACGUAUACCCUUUUGGUAGGAAAUCAUUGCUAUUCCAGGG